AUCUGCACUUACGACAGCGAGUCGAUAACUUUGUGUCCAAUCAUCUGGCGAACCACACAUGGAGCCCACAGCUGAACAAGAACCAGCUGAGAAACAGCAUCCGCCAGCUGGUGCUGCAGUCUGGGAUGCUGGAGCAGGGAGUGGACAGGAUCGUGGCUCAGGUCGUCGAUCCAAAGGUCCAUCACUCCUUUCGGCCGCAGGUGGAGCGCGUCGUCCGGAAGUUUCUCUCUCCAAACGGCCACGUGGAGGAGGACGAACUUCCUCCUUUAGCUCCGCCCCUUCCUGCGGAAUACCAGGAAGCUGAACUGCUGACCGCAGACCACGCAAAUGAUGACGCUCCAGCUGGGAGCUCCGGCGCUGAUGUCCAGAUCCCAGAGACCAGCGGCACUGACCCGAGCCACGAGCACAGAGAGGAGGAGAUGGACAUCAGCCUCACCGAGGAGGAGCAGCUGACCGCAGAGACGAAGGAGGAGCCGGAGGAACCACAGCCUGGGGAAGAAGAGGAGGAAGAGAGGGAUGCAGAGAUGGAGGCGGAGACGGAGGAGGUGAAGGACGAGGGAGACGCGGGGAGCAGCAGUAAAUCCUCAGGGAAGAUCCGAGAGGAGAACCGUGACACAGACUCCCAGAAACCCUCCAGCACUCUUCUUGCUGAUUGUUUCAUUCUGAUGCACCAGAAUUAA